AUGUUACAAAUAAAACAUCUAUACAUCUAUCUAUCUAUCUGGGUCCUUUCCAUACUAUCUAUCUAUCUAUCUAUCUAUCUAUCUAUCUAUCUAUCUAUCUAUCUAUCUGGGUCUAUUCUAAUCUAUCUAUCUAUCUAUCUAUCUAUCUAUCUAUCUAUCUAUCUAUGUGGGUCUAUUACAAUCUAUCUAUCUAUGUGGGUCUAUUACAAUCUAUCUAUCUAUGUAUCUGGGUCUAUUCCUAUCUAUCUAUCUAUCUAUCUAUCUAUCUAUCUAUCUAUCUAUCUAUCUAUCUAUCGCUGUCUAUUCUUAUCUGUUUAUCUGGGUCUCUUCCUAUCUAUCUAUCUAUCUAUCUAUCUUGGUGUAUUUCUUUCUUGCUCUAUUUCUUUCUUUCUUUCUUUCUUUCUUUCUUUCUUUCUUUCUUUCUUUCUUUCUUUGAUUUCCGAUUCAAACGCAAACAUAAAAUACUAA